AUGAGCCCCAACCCGCACUCGAGGAACGGCCUCAGGGAGAACGGAUAUGGAAAAAUAGCCGGAGAUAAAGUGAAACCAAAGAAUCACGCUUUCAAGGAAAAACAGUUCCAAAUUCGGAAUUCCCCGUUGACCGAUUUAUGCGAUAACGUACCCACAGUUGCGACAGUUCAAAGUAUAUUCGGCUCUACCAUAAUCUUCCUGUUUACCAGCAUCAUAUUGAAGGAUUACAUGGAAUUUGGGGAGAUCACUCUAGGUAUAUAUCUAAUUCGAGCUGCUUUUAAGAAACUCCACAUAGUCGCUGCGAUAUGGAUUUGUUAUCUAAUGGUGACUUUCUCGGUGUUCUAUAUUUUUAGAAUUUGGGCGGCCGGUCGGCUCAAAAUGGUCGCUAAACGGAAUUUGAUCAAAAUUUGGGACAGAUCGUGGAUGGCGGCGCUACUAAUUUUCUACAUAGCAGCGUUCCGAACCAGUUCAAUUCUAGUCGUCUAUUUCGAACUACCAAUGGCAUCAUCAGCAAUCGUAACGCUCGAACAGAUCCGGCUCGUGAUGAAAAUACACGCCUUCGUCAGGUACAAUGCUGAAAAAAUGUCCGGAUAUAAGCCCCACAGCGAGCGCGAAGCCCCGCGCCCCGCCUUCGCCCAGUACCUCUACUUCCUGUUCGCGCCCGUGAUGCUCUACCGGCCCGAGUACCCGCGCACGGAGCGCGUGCGCUGGGACUUCGCGGCUGCGCGCGCCGCCGAAGUGGCCGGCGUCGUCGUCUACCAGUGCUUCCUCUUCCACCGGUUCAUCCUGCCCUCGUACAAGGACUUCGGCCGGCGCAAGUACACGUGGGCGGAGGCGGCGGCGCCGGCCGUCGCCGAGAACUCGGUGCCGGCGCUGCUCGUCCUGCUGGCCGGGUUCUACGUGACGCUGCACUCGGUGCAGAACCUGUUCGCCGAGGUGCUGCGCUUCGGCGACCGCGAGUUCUACAGGGACUGGUGGACGAGCGUCUCGCUGGCGGAGUACUUCAGGACGUGGAACAUCGUGGUGCAGGAUUGGCUGUACGCGCACGUGUACUGGGACGCGUACCGGCUGAGCGGCAGCAAGACGGCGGGGAAGUUGAGCGUGUUUCUGGUGUCGGUGGUGGUGCACGAGUGGGCGAUGACUUACAUCUUCGGGUUCUUCUAUCCGGCGCUGUCGUACUCGUUCGUGUUGGGGGCCAUGCUGAGCUUCGUGAACGUGCCCAAGUUCAGGUUUAGCAAUCUGUUCUUCUGGUACGUGAUGACCUUCGGUACGGGGCUGACUUGCAGCUUGUACACGUUGGAGUAUUUCGCUCGGGUGAACCAACCCGAGGAGGAGGUGAGCUCUUGGUGGUACUACUUCGUGCCCAGGUGGUACACGUGCGAUUGUAUCGUUUGA